AUGUCAUCACAGAUUUUAACACAUAUGUAUCGACGCGACUCGAGUGACCAGGAUCGACCUCUAGACAUUGACGACCACGACCGCAGCACAUCGAACAGCCCCAAAAACAUGAAAUACUAUAAACAAGUAGACGAAGACAAAACAAUAAUCAGUCAGAACAAGAAAUCCUUUUGUAUAGACGCACUAUUAUCCCGCCACAUCGAACCAGAGACAACACUCCAAGAUAGAAUGACGCAGCAAAAGUAUCUAGCUCUGAUUCAAAAUAAGAAUUACAUAAAUAGGUUUGAUAACGAGAACUAUGACGCGCAAAUUGAGCAGAAUACCAUAAACAAAUAUCAGGGGCAGAGCUUUGAGCAGCGAGCGGAUAGUCCUCGUUCUGGAGCGAGUACGCCUCGGAGUGGUAGUCCAGCAUCUGAUGAUGGAAACAGAUCGGGCAGCUACAGCCCUCCAAUUUCACCAGGCGUGGAAGGGGGGAACGAAGAGUUUGAUAAUUAUAGACCUGGUAUCAUCCCCAAGCCGGGCCUGCUGCCUCAGAAUCCAGCGUUAGUAGCUGCUCAGUCCGCUGCAUUAUUCAACUACCCCCAGCUGUCACCUGGCGCUCUACCUCCUGGCGCUCCCCUGCCGUCCGCCUUCCACCACCCAGGGGACAGAGUUCUGCACCACAUGCAGCUCGAGUGGCUGGCCAGAACCGGAAUGUUUUAUCAUAGAAUACCAGAACUUGGUGGUGCACCACAUGCGUUACUGGGUAAGACCCGACGGCCACGGACAGCAUUCACUUCCCAGCAGCUGUUGGAGUUGGAGAAACAAUUCCGGAUGAACAAGUACCUGUCUAGGCCGAAGAGGUUCGAAGUGGCCACCAGUCUAAUGCUCACUGAAACGCAGGUGAAAAUAUGGUUCCAAAAUCGGCGAAUGAAAUGGAAACGUUCGAAAAAAGCACAACAAGACACCAAGAAGGACGCCCACGCCCAUCCGACGGAAGAAAAAAACAAACCCAAAGACCUCCCACUGCCGCAACCGGAACCUGAAAAAAAUAUGGCCGCAGAUUUGACAGCUGUCAAACCGCCCCCAAUGUUGGACAGAGAGAGAAUUAUCGCACUAGAAAGGGAGCGAGCGAUAGCCGCCGCCAAUUUUAAUUCUAAUUUGGAAAACAAUAGAAGAGGGUUGGUUGUAAUGAGCCAAGAUGGCAGCCGGCCGGGCAUAGAUAUGUUUAGGCCGUAUGUGGUAUGA